AUGGCUUCCGCUAGCUCAGCAAACGGCAUUGGUGACGCCAUUGUCGCAUUCACACUCGACGGCCGCUUCCCAGAGUCCGAGGAUAUUUCCUCUUUACCCAUCACGUCGGAAUCGCUCCCCCCAGCGCUGGCAGCAUUAGCGAAGACAAGGACGGAUCUCGAGAAAGAAGUACACGAAAUAAACGAAGAUACCAAAGACGAUGUUAGCUCGUGGGUUCGAAAUGCGAAAUCUUUGCAAGAGGACAUUGUUCGGUCCAAGGUGAUUGCAAACGACAUAAUCCGACAGUCCGAAACGCCGGACGUAUCGGGAAAAGCGAUCGAGGAUGCCGAGUCGAGAGUCGAGUUCCUUUCACGAGAGGUCCAGUACACCCGGCAGCUGCAAGAGACGCUCCAGAGCAUUAAACACGUCAACGAGCUAUUGUCCAAGGCGGAAGAGGCGAGUAACGAGCGCAGGGUCUUGGAUUCUCUGCACUUGCUAGAGCAAUCCUGGGCAGCUAUGGAUGGUUUACCUAUUGGCAAGACAUGUCGAGCUGUGAAGCUUCUAAAUGUCAGAUCUUUCGAACUAAAGUCUCGAGUUCAUGAAGUCUUGGACCAAGUUUGGAAAGAUCUCGUGAAUGUCGAUAUUGACAACAAUUUAAUCAGGAUCCAGGAGCACGACGAUGGUAAUCAGUUGAGCCUCGCCGACGCCGUAAUCGGAUUGAGGGCCUACAAAGAAGUUGAAGAGAGGAUGGAGCAACUGUGGCACAACCUAGACGGUGCCAUUCUAACACCUCGGAUGAAUCUCACAAGCUCCACGCUGCCUUCAAUUGUUGCCGAUACUAAUACUCUGUCCCUCUCCGGAGAAGCCAGUACGAGUGCGGAAGAAUUAUUCGCCGAUCUCUCACUGGUCUUCUCCUUCCUAGCCCAAAGGCUACCCGCCGACCUCUUGGAGAUUCUAUGUUCCGUAAUGAUGGGUGACGUUACUACGCGGAUAGUGAAAGUGUGGCUAGAUUCCGCGAUACCGCCGGCGCUAAAAGAUGUCGACAAGUUCCAAGAUGUCAUAAAGAGUGCCGAGCAAUUCUGCGCCGUCCUCGAUGCCCACGGAUAUACUGGCUUUGAGGAUUUGAAGAACUGGGUGAAUAAUGCGCCGACGAUUUGGCUCUCUAAGUGCAGAGAAACGGCCUUGGACUCUGUUCGAUCGAAGCUCUCUAGCGGGAUUGGUAAGUCCAAGGCGGUGGAAAAGAUUGAGAAGCAGAUGGUGUCGCUAGCAGAAGGAAAGGAACUAGCCAAAUCGGGGACGGUUAAGUCCUCGGCGAAUGAACAGGACUGGGACUCGGCAUGGGGUUUCGACGAGGAGAUGGAGGAGGAACCUGAAGAGGCACCCGAACCGACACCCGACGAAGCCGCCCCCGUAGCCUCGGCGGAAGACGAUGGGGCUGAUGCAUGGGGCUGGGAUGACGGGCCGGAAGAUGUCCCAGAGGAAGAAGCUGUCGCCGAGGCAGAGGGACCGAGUGUGGAGAAGAUGGACGAGGACGAUGAAGCGGCUGAUGCGUGGGGAUGGGGAGAGGAAGAUACGGUCGAGGAGCCGCCGCCACCGCCUGAACCGAAGAAACAGCCAGCGGCCACGCGGCGGAAGGAGACGAGAACGCGCGACGAGCACGAAACUAGAGAGAUGGUCUUGAAAGAAACCUAUCAUAUUUCCUCGAUGCCGGAACCCGUUUUAAGCCUAAUAUUUGCGAUACUAGAGGAUGGAGCUGCGCUUACAGGGCCGGGGAACGAGACAAAUCUUGUUGCGUCUGCGGCGUCGGGCCUGUUUGGCGUGCCAACUUUGGCACUUGCUCUGUUUAGAGCAAUCUCUCCUUACUAUUACUCUCUAGAUGUCGGUGGCAGCAUGUAUCUUUACAAUGACGCCAUGUAUUUGGCAGAGAAGCUCGCUGAGUUCUCAAAGGAAUGGAAAGCGCGCGAAGAUCUCAGCGUCCGGGCGCGGAAUAUGCUGCGUAUCGAUAACGAGGUGAAGAACCUCCAGAGCUUCGCGAAUCGUGCAUACAGCACGGAGAUGGCGACGCAGAAGACCGUGAUUCGCGAUCUCCUGGGAGGAACGCAUAGUCUCAUGCACCAAGAGGAAAUGGAGAGCUGCGUCGAUUCUACAGUGGCUCGAGUCAGAGCUAUGGCAGUAACAUGGGACGACAUACUCGCUAGGUCCGUCUGGUGUCAAGCCGUAGGAUCCCUCGUCGACACGCUCGCGACGAAGGUCAUCUCAGAUGUCAUGGACAUGUCGUCCAUUGGACAGGACGAGGCGUACAACAUUGCCAACCUGAUCGCGAAAGUGACGGAGCUCGACGACCUCUUCCUCCCCAGCAAGCUUUCGGGACGAGAAGCGGAGUCAUCGGCUGGAGAGGUGGCGCUGACGGCGCAGUACGCGCCCUCUUGGCUCCGGCUGCAGUACCUGUCGGAAGUGCUCCAGUCGAACCUUAACGAAGUGCGGUAUUUGUGGUUCGAGAGCGAGCUGAGCUUGUAUUUUUCGGCGGAGGAGGUUGUAGAUUUGGUUAAUGCUAGUUUUGAGGUGAAUGCGAGGUCGAGGGAGGUUAUUCGCGAGAUUGGGGAGAGGCCGCAUCCGAGGGUAGAGUGA